AUGUUAUCAGAGUCUACUGCUGCCUUUGUACCUUCCAGUGCUCCUCUUUCUUUCACACAUCCUCGAGAUAAUGUGUCUUCAGAAUCCUCGGGAAGUUUUGCAUCCUUCAAUGCUUUACUAGCUGAACUCGAAUUUGAGCAAGUGAUCAAGACGUGGUGGUUCGGCUCUAGUCUUGAAUCCGUUUUUUUUCGUCUGACGACUUCGCAUUGUGUGGUCGAGACUGUCCAGCCGAAGCAACAGACGCUCAAUUUGCCAUGGGAUGUUGUUCUUGGUGCGCAUGUACUUACAGCAAGUGGAGUGCUCAUGCAGACACCAGUGGACGUACCGAACGACGCUACGUUUUUGCUUGGCAUCUUUGCCUGUGUCGACUCAAGUCGUAGCUGUAAAAAGCUUAAAAAGAGACACUUAAAGGAAUUUCUAUUUCAAUUUGAAGGAAAAGUGAUGGCACAGGUGCUUAAAUUGCUCAAGGUGAUUAAUUUUAUCGUAGAUCCAAGAAAUAAAGCAAGUGUUGAGAAGCUUGAAAGUCUUGAUCAAUUAAAGCUUGUGGAUCAGCGCCCACGCAAGUUUUUAGUACUUGUGAAUCCGGUGAGUGGACCGGGGCGAGCUCUUCAGAUUUACAACGAAAAAGUUGCGCCUAUACUUCGUUAUGCUAACAUUGAGACGGAAGUUAAGGUAAUGGAUCGUGCGAACCAUGCGAUGGAGAUCGUUAUGGACAUACCUCUUAGUAUUUACGAUUGUGUUGUGGCUGUGGGUGGCGACGGCAGUUUGUAUGAGAUUGUACAGGGUCUGAUGAAGCGAGUAGACUGGAAGGAUGCAAUUCGACAACCUAUUGGUGUCAUUCCAGGUGGAUCAGGCAAUGGUCUUGCACACUCGAUCGCUCAUCAAGGCGGUGAGAAGGGACGACCGAUCAAUGCAGCGUUCAUUCUGGCCAAAGGUACACCUCAUAACCUGGAUAUUGCAUCUGUACGUAACGGGAAAGAAACAACGUACUCAUUCUUGUCGCUGGAAUGGGCUUCUAUCGCUGAUGUGGAUAUUGGCUCUGAAAAGUUUCGAAUGCUAGGUGGACUGCGCUUUACGAUCGCGUUCAUUUAUCAGCUUUUGAUUCAAAAACCAAUUUAUCCAGGCAAAAUUUGGUAUUUGGAUGAAAGUGAUGAUACGAAUCCGCCCUACUUUGAAAGACAAAAUGAUUUGAAGAUGAUAGACCGUCCUGUAAUGGAUCUGUUUGACGGGGAUGGUCAAGGGCCUCCAAAAGAUAGUGGAGAUGCUCAAACAAAAGGUAAAUGGAAAGAGCUUAGCGGUCACUUUCGGAUUGUAUGGGUCAUGAAUGUAUCACAUGCUGCAUCUGAUGCGCUUCUUGCUCCAUCUGCCAAAUUUGAUGACGGAUACUACUACAUCACGCACAUGGAUGGCAAUUGCUCUCGUAAAGAUUUACUGGCUAUGAUGCUAGCUAUCGAGUCAGGUGAUCACAUAGAUAAAAAGGGUGUGCAGCAGGUGCGAACUCGAGCUUUAAAGCUUGCUCCAGAGCGAUCUUCCGAUCUUAUGUGUGUCGACGGCGAAGUGGUGGAAGGUCCGUACCUCGAGGCACAAGUGCACCGAGGCAUGGCUCGAAUUGUGGCUCUCACGAGUGGUUAA